AUGGGUUCACCCACGGAAUCUCCUACCAUUGUCAUGGUCCAGGGGUCUUUUCAACUGCCAGACGCAUACUAUAAACUAGACGAUGCCCUCAGAGCUCUCGGCUAUCCUGUUAUUCACCCACCCUUGCCAAGUCUGACUGACCAGGAGCAGCCGGACUUUUCCACUAAAUCUUUGACUGACGAUGCACUUGCCAUUCGAUCCGAGGUCCAGCGCCUCGUGGAACAAGGGAAAAAGGUGUUUGUUGUGAUGCACUCGUAUGGCGGGCUCGUGGGAACCGAAGCCGUGACCAGAGACCUGUCUUUCGAUGAACGACGACCUGCUGGCCUUGCUGGCGGCGUUGUACACUUGUUCUACUUUGCUGCAUUCAUCCUCCCUACGGGCCAGUCGGUGCUAGAAGUGUUUGGCGAAUCCCCAAACAAUGACGUCAAGCCAGAUGGCCGAUAUACGAUAAAGAACGCGGCUAACAUACUCUACCACGACCUUCCUGACGCCGAGGCACAAGAGUGGGAAUCGAAGAUCAUCGACCAGUCUUACGCAGCACAGAAAACCAAGAUGACCAACGACGCUUUUGGCUUUGUCAAGUCCACUUACGUUGUCUGCGAAAACGACCGUGGUGCGCCCCCAAUGUAUCAGGAGAAAUUUGGCGAGAUGGCGGGAUCUAAGAUCCAGAAGAUCAGCUCCGGUCACUCGCCUAUGCUAAGCCAUACGGCAGAGCUGACGAGAAUGAUAGAUCAAGUGGUGAAAUCUGUUAUCGAAACAGGAGCUCAGGUCUGA